UCAUGGCGAUGGCGACUGACGGUGAUGAGCGAGACGACCACAGUCAUCGUUCUCGUAAACGCGGGGUAAAUUGUGAUUUUCCACCACACAGCCGUUUGUUUCUUGUAUGUGCCAGGCAUCAUUCUGAAGACGAUAUAAAGGGUUACUUCGAUCGCUUCGGCGUUAUCGAGGAUGUGUGGAUUGUGCGCGAACGAAAUUCGAAGGAAAGCCGUGGCGUGGCUUAUGUGAAAUUUGCAAAAGCUUCACAGGCUGCGCUGGCUAUGGAGGAAAUGAACGGAAAGGCACUGGGCAGCGAAACGAAGCCAAUCAAGGUAAUGAUGGCUAACUCCAGAUCAUCUGGAAGCUCACGUGAUAUUGACCAAAGCGAAGAGUUAAUGAGGCUAUUUAUAAUCAUUCCUAAGAAAUCCACAGAAGAUGAUAUCAGAGAGAAAUUUGAAGGUUUCAAGGCAGUUUUGGCUGAACCCAAAAUUUCUAAGAUCAACCGAGAGAGAGAGCGUGAGAGAGAUCGAGAUCGAGACAGAGACAGAGACCACAUGCCAAUGCAACAUCAGAACAGCAUACCUUAUAAUGAUCCUUAUCAGAGUUAUGCCGCCAAUGUUUAUAAUACCGGUUCACAAGGAAAAUCAGGUAAUUUUGGUUCUGGUAUGGCUUUACCAGAUCUGUUCAGUGUUAGCCAAAAACUACAAGUGAUGGCAGAGUCAACUGUCACUCAAGACCAGUUAUCCAGACUAUUUGAUUUAGUACCAGGUUUAGAAUACUGUAAUUUAACUUGGGAUUACACAACUGGAAACGCUAAAGCUAUCGCUGUUGUACGGUACAAUACCACUGCCGCUGCUAUGUAUGCCAAAGAAAAGCUGAAUGGCUUUGAGUACCCACCUGGUUACCGAAUUGCUGUCAAGUAUAUCCAAGAUGACCCUGGUGCCUGUAAAGAAGGGAGUAGUGGUAAUAAUAGUCUUCAUAUGGAUAGUUCUGGAGCAGGUGGCUUGUUAGGAACAGCUCCACAAUCACUUUUUCAGCAAGGAGGAGGUGGCGGUGGCGGUCAACAGCAAAGAUUUGGUAAUGGAGGUGCGCAAUUAUCUUCGGCAACACUGCCAGGACAGCAGUCGCUUGCUCCUAAUGGCAGUGAAACUGCGGAGAGGUUGUUUGUAAUAUGUCACCCGCAACCACCACCAGCACAUCUGCUCAGAGACGUGUUCAGUCGAUUUGGAAACUUGAUUGAUAUAUACAUGUUGGGGAAUAGAAACUAUGGUUAUGCUAAAUAUUCAGUUACAACGCAGUUGUUACGACUGCAGGCAAAAAAACUUAUCAGCCAACAUUGUAUCGAUUUUAAGGCAUCGAAAGGAUGGGCCCAACGAUUCUGUAGGCACCAUUCGCUGGUUAUUCGUCGACACACUUCUGUUGCACAACGCCUCCCAAGAGAUUUAGAAGAAAAAAUAACUGCCUUCCAUGAAUUCAUAGUUUCACAGCCACAGAGGUAUGACUUUCCCCUGGAUUUGAUUGUAAACAUGGACGAAACACCCAUGUAUUUUGAUUUACUGCCGACAACCACCUUGGAGCGAAAAGGGGCGAAGUCUGUUUCGGUAAGGUCGACGGGAGCUGAAAAACGUCACCUCACUGUGAUUUUGACCGGACUGGUAAUGGCAAAGUCCCUCCCCCCUAUGGUUAUUUUCAAAGGGGUGCGUAAGCUCAACAUUAACGUCCCGCCUGGUAUGGUUGUCGAAGUCCAGAAAAAGGGCUGGUGUGACACGGAUAUGAUGAAAAUAUGGUUGCGGCGAAUUUGGUUUCGUUAUACAAAGUCACGCGAGUCACUACUAGUUUUUGAUUCUUUCCGUGGUCACUUGCACGACGAUAUCACUGCUCUGCUCAAAGCUAACACUUCACGACGUGCUGUUAUACCAGGCGGGUGCACUUCCAAACUUCAGCCUCUUGAUGUUUGUAUAAAUAAACCAUUUAAGCAAUACAUGAGAGAAGAAUGGUUGGCGUUUAUACGACAACAAGUAGAGAACACCCCAGAGGGACAGCGACCGAAGACGGCAACCAGACAAAAUGUUGUCGACUGGGUCGCGAAGUUGCGCUUAAGUCUGGUUGUAGGAUGGCAAUAA